AGCUUUAAGUCAAGAUGAAUAACAUUGUUCAUGUUUUCUCACAGUAAUUCAGCCAAGACCAAUUGUUCAUCAGACGAUGAAUCCCACGACGGAAGCGGGGCCAACGUGUUGGCACUCGCAUCCCAUGCCUUACCAGGCAAGGCCCAUUCCGGGCUCCACCACCUGCACCCACCUCCAAGAAAAACACUUAUCGUACGACUCGGAGAUGUCUGCUUUCGUGCCUGUCUCCUCGGCAGCUCGCAGGGAGUCGACUGCGGUGGCGAUGUCAUCGUACGCGCCAUUUCUGCCAUGCGACGUUGGACGCGCAGUGGCACCGUCCUGCUUAACAUCUUCAUCGUUGUCCUCCGCCGUUCCUUCGGUCGGUUAUUAUGCCCCAGCACAAAACGAGGUGCUCCGCAUGCAGCAAGAGCCGCCUUUCAAUGUGCAUUUCGGCCUCUCUAACCCGAGACACCUUAAUUACGCUGGGGUGGAGCCUGCAAGCCUGGUACCUGCCUGCUCAUGCAAGCUACACAUCUCUCAGAGCCAGGCAAAUGUGGCCUCUGCGGCGAGAGGCAUCGCUCCACCCGUCUGUGGUCAGAGCUAUGAAACCAUGAACGACUACCAACAGGCAGGGGUGCCUGUCAAGAGGGACGCACGGGGCGAGGGGCCCCUGAACUACACGAUACACAACCUUCAGGUGGGCCCUGGGCUGUUCAGGAUGCCCAGCACAACUCCACAGCAGCUGCAGUACCCAGAUGGCUCGUCGUCUACUCUGCCCACGGGCGGCCUUGCCACGCUGCUCGACACUCAGCGAAGCCAGGGUAGAGGCGGCGGGGCAGGCCCAAGCAGCAGUCACCUCGAGUGGGACCAUGAGGAGUUCAUCAUGAACCUGCUGUACUCUGAAUGAAAGUGACGUCGAUUUGCCCUGGAGUUCCAUGGGGCCAGAGUGGUGAGACUUUCUGGAUCAGUCGGUGGGCAGGGGUUGUGGCCCUUAUGCGGUAAGUCUGGUUGUGUUUAGCCCACAGGUUAUGUGUACUGCGUGGAUGUCCGUCUUAAGCCCAGUGUGCUUUUGUCGGGUGCUACAGUGAAAUAUUAUGAUUAUUUACAUUUACAUUUAUAGGACGACGAAACGAAACAACAGCUAUAAAAUGACAGCUAAACACAAUAUU